AUGGGUCGCAGGCGUACCGAUUCGGAACUGGGUCGUUAUGCUCUGGUUUUCCUUCUGUUGAUGGCUACAAUCUCAUGCUGUCUGGUCUAUAUUUGCUUCUCUAUGCUCUUCAGACCGGCUGCUCCGCUGAUUAGGGAUUCCGGCGAAUUAUUGGAAACUAGUAGCAGUAAUUAUGAUGGAUUGGAAGGCGACGAGUGCUGUAGAGGAAUUGAGCAUUUGGAGCUCUGGGGUGAUGCUGUGAAGUGGGGUUCUGAUUUCAAAGCUAAUUCUUCGAGAGAGUGUUGUAUGGCUUGUAAGAAUAUGUGUGGCGGCGACGACGGACCUUGUUUAUGUGAUUCUUGGGUUUUUUGUGGCGAUAAGGUCGCUUGCGGUUCUCAUUUCGGCGAGUGUUGGCUAAAGAAGCAGAAACAUACUUUGGAGCCUGAUCGGCGAGAUUCUGGUGCUCAUGUGAUGUGGACUUCUGGACUAGUUUUUGGAAAAGGAGAGGGUAUCGUUGGACUGGAAACAGAAUAUGGGACAGUUCAUGUAAAACUCUUACCAGAUUGUGCACCACAAUCUGUUUCAUAUAUUCUUGAACUACUAACAGCACGCCACUGUGCCGGUUGCCAUUUUUAUCGUGCAGAAAGCCGUGUGAGGUAUUGGGAUGAAGAAGGAAAUCACAUGGAAAAGGCUCCAUAUGGCCCUCCAUAUGCGCUAAUUCAAGGAACACUCGAAGCACAUGGCACAGUAUUUAAUGAAAUUCCAAAAGAGGCAUGUCCUAACAUAAAAAGAGGGGCGCUUGCUUGGGUAGGAUCUGGGCCAGAAUUCUUCAUCAGCCUUGCGAACCAUAAUGAAUGGCGAGAGGCAUACACAGUGUUCGGGUUUGUUCUUCCCGAGGAUAUGGGAGUUAUCGAGAAAAUUGCAAAUCUUCCAACCAAAACAGAGAUGUGGAGCAAUAUUCAUGUCAAUGUGUUGGAACAAUCUGUUCCGUUGCAUUUCCGACAAGUCCUGGUGUAAGCCUGGUUUAGUUAUAUUGUUUCUGUCAGUUAACACUUGAAUAGAACUGUAAUUUAGUCCAGAGACUUUGAAGAUAAAUUAAUACAAAAAAAGUUGACAUUUAAA